CUCAGUUAUGAGUAUAUUCAGGUGAGAGAUAUGGAAUUCAGAAGCACCACUACGCAGUAUUGGAAAACUAUUCCUUUGUUUUCAGCUGUCCUCAUAAUUGGCAGCUGUGUUCCUUUAGCUCAUGCAAAGGAUAACUGCUAUAAUUCAAUAUACCAAUUUGGGGACUCGUUAGCUGAUACAGGGAAUUUAAUUCUCUCUGGUCCUGGUAUAUUAAGCUCAAUCACAGAGCUUCCCUAUGGAGAGACCUAUUUUAACAAGUCCACAGGCCGUUGCUCUAAUGGAAGACUUGUUAUUGAUUUUAUUGCAAAAGCAUUUGGGCUGUCUUUCUUGCCUCCAUACUUGAGCAGGCUUGCAGACUACAGUUCUGGUGUGAAUUUUGCUGUUGCUGGUGCCACAGCUCUGGAUGCCUCUUUCUUUGAAAAGAGGCAAAUACCCAUCAUUACAAAUUUGAGCCUAAACACUCAGAUCGAAUGGUUCAAGGAUUAUAAGAAAAAGUACUGUUCUAGCACAGAAGAUUGUGAGGGGCAUUUUGAGAAUUCAUUAUUUGUCCUUGGAGAGAUUGGUGGAAAUGAUUUAAAUUCUCCUUUCAGUCUGGGGAUGUCCAUAGAGAAGGUCAAAGUUUUUGUACCUUUUAUCAUCAAAGCUAUUAGAACAGCCCUUGAGGCAUUGAUUGAACAAAAUGCAAAGCUGUUCUUGGUUCCAGGCAAUUUGCCUAUUGGAUGUUCACCUUCCUAUUUAUCAGCAGGCUCAAUCAAUUCUUCAGCAGAUUGUGAUGAUAUUGGCUGUCUGAUCAAAUUUAACAAUUUUUCUCAAAGUAACAACCAUCUUUUGAGAAUUAUGUUACAAGAUGUGCAGAGAGAUCAUCCAGAUGUUUCAAUUGUAUACGCAGAUUAUUAUUCAGCUGCCAUAAGAAUUUUAAGAAAUCCUAAGAAAUAUGGAUUGCAGAAAAAUGUCUUAAGGGUAUGCUGUGGAAAAGGUGGAAAAUAUAAUUACUCUCCACCUUUAAAUUGUGAUAGAAAUGCUACUUUGUGUUCUAAUCCCAAACAAUAUUUCAACUGGGAUGGUGUUCAUCUUACAGAAACUGCAUACAAAGCGAUAGCCCACAUGUUGAUUAAUGGCAAGUUCACCUCUCCACCUUUGAAUAUGGUAAACAAAAAUUGCAGAAAUCCAGAAAGAAUCUAAAUUUCUUGCUCAAACACUUCAUGAUUAAUUGAAUGAGAACAUCUCAUUUUCUACGAGGAAAAUGAUCAUCUUAGCCUCUCAAGUUCUGUAUUUGCUGCUCUUGUGAAUAAGAAUAGAAUGCCACACUAGUCUCUCAUUUCAUCUCUCCGUUCUUACAGUUUCAAAAUAAGAAAAUGCUGGUCAGAGCCUCUGAAUUAUUAUGUUGUACCGUUUCUUUUGUAACAGAAGUUUAAGUAUUAUUGGAUUUCUUCCUUUUUCA